AUGGAGUGCCCAAAUCAAACAGCUCCAAAUGAGUUUAUCCUCUCUGGGCUUCCAUACCCACAAGAGUUCAAGCUGCCCUUGCUUCUCUUCUUCUCAGUCAUGUUCAUCCUGACUCUUUCUGGAAAUUCUCUCAUCAUCGGGGUGGUGAUUUCUGACCUUCAGUUGCAUAAGCCCAUGUAUUGGUUCCUCUGUCAUCUCUCCCUCUUAGACAUGGCCUUCUCCUCUGUGGUGGUCCCCAAAGUCAUUGCAGGGUUCAUUCCUGGAGGAAAAGUCAUUUCUUUCAUGGGGUGUGUCACUCAACUGUACUUUUUUCAUUUCCUGGGAUGUGCAGAAAGUCUUCUCUACACCUUGAUGGCUUACGACCGCUUCCUGGCCAUCUGCAAACCACUCCACUAUGGAAACAUCAUGAACUGGAAAGUGUGCCUCCUCCUUUGUUUGGGUACCGUAAUUGGAGGUGGCCUCAAUUCCACCUUUCAGACUUUUCUUACCUUCCACCUGCCUUACGGACAGCGACACUACAUUGACUAUGUCUUCUGUGACAUCCCUGCCUUGCUGAAGCUGGCUUGUGUUGAUACAAAACUCAAUGAGUUGAUGAGCUUCAUUGACAUUGGCCUUGUGGCAAUGACUUGCUUUCUGAUUAUUUUAGCUUCCUACGUCUACAUCAUCCUGGCUCUUUUGAAGAUAAGUAGUAAGGAAGGACGGAACAAAGCUUUCUCAACUUGCACUGCCCAUCUUAUUGUGGUGGGCAUCUAUUACCUGCCUGUGAUAUAUCAUUAUCUGAGACCAGCUUCUCAGGGCUCCAUGGAUGGGGCGGUGAGUGUCUUCUACACCACAGUAACCCCUUUUUUGAAUCCACUGAUAUAUACACUGAGGAACAAGGAGAUGAAGACAGCCCUGGCAAAAUUGUGGCGUAAAAAUUCAGAGUAG